AAGACUGGGGACGGUGUGUGAUGUAAUUGGUCUCCACUCAUUUUCAAAGGGAGCCGUGGAGGAUAUUCAGAAUAGGAGCAGGCAGAAUAAUUCCUACUGAAAGCUGGCAACAUGAGUUCAGCUAUCCUGAAGGUGGAGGCUCUAGAUGCGGAACGUUUGGUCCGGAUUCGCUGGGACGAUGGAGAAGAGUCUCUCUACCCUGCUGUCUGGCUGCGAGACAAUUGCCAGUGCCCUCGUUGCUACCUGGAUUCUGCAAAAGCUCGUAAACUCCUCAUUGAAGCCCUUGAUGUUAACACAUGGGUCAAGAACUUGACUUUGCUCAGCCAAAGAAAGGUACAUAUCACGUGGCCUGAUGAGCAUGUUAGUGAUUUCGAGGCAGAUUGGCUAAAGAAAAGAUGUUUUUCCCAAAAAUCCAGAGCCAAACUCCAAAAAGAAUUGUUUUUGCCAGCAUUAGGUUUCUCUAUAAUUUACAUGGAUGCCAACAAAGCCAUUCGAAAUCCAUAUCCCCAUAUUGGCAAAAGCGUGGCACGGGUGCCGGGACUACACAGAGGGGCUGCUCUGUUCCCCCUCUCCACCACUCCCCAGAACAUUGUUUGUAUGCCCUGUCCCUCUGUCCAGCCACCCAAUGCAAGCACUUCUUCCCUAGGCUGUCUGAGGGAAUGGGAAGGGAAGAAGUCCCUUUGCCAGUGGCUGAUUGGAGCAAGACUUCGUGCUCUAGUCGUCAGCAUCAUCCCUCCCAGCCUGUGCAAACAUAUGUUUCUCUUAUUUUACAGACAUACUUGGCAAGUACAAGAUAAAAUCGAUGCGAAUAACGUGGCUUACACAACUGGAAAGCUAAGUUUUCACACAGAUUAUCCAGCCCUGCAUCAUCCACCUGGGGUCCAAUUUCUUCAUUGCAUAAAGCAAACAGCCACUGGUGGGGAAAGUGAAAUUGUAGAUGGAUUUAACGUAUGCCGACAACUCAAGGAACAAAAUUCUAAGGCGUUUCAGAUCCUCUCCUCAACCUUUGUGGAUUUUACAGAUAUUGGAGUUGACUUUUGUGACUUCUCAGUACAAUCCAAGCACAAAAUCAUAGAAAUAGACAAUAAAGGUCAAGUGAUUCGCAUCAACUUUAAUAACUCAACCAGAGAUACAAUAUUUGACAUACCUGUCGAAAAAGUACAGCCAUUCUAUGCUGCUUUAAAGGAGUUUGUUAAUCUGAUGAACCAUAGAGAAAACAAAUUUAUCUUCAAGAUGCAUCCAGGUGACGUGAUUACAUUUGAUAACUGGCGCUUACUUCACGGCCGGAGGAGUUAUGAAGCAGGAACAGAAAUAUCUCGCCAUCUUGAAGGUGGUUAUGCAGACUGGGAUGUGGUUAUGUCAAGGCUUCGUAUCUUAAAGAAGAUUGUCAAAAAUGGAAAUUGAAUUUUCUAGCUGCACUUUUGACAGUGCAACUAAAGGAUGGGUAUUUGGUAAACUACAAGAAGUUACUUAAUCUCCGCUUAGCACAAUCAGUAGUAUUAUGUAGAUCUUAGACAUUAAUUUCUUUAGCAUUACAGCUAGAUUUACAAGAUUAAUUUUUCCUUUGUUUCUGUACUGGAUCCAGAAAAGAGAUGAAAAAAUACAUCUCUGUCCUUUCCUUGUAAAUGCAGGAACUAGGGGUGCAGAAUGUUAUAUAUGCCAUAAGGCAAGGUUAAAGUGUCAACUAUUUUUCAAUAGUUUUGCUAGAUUAUUUUCUUUUGCAUAGGGGAAAUUUCAUUAGAUUGGGAGUAGGUGAGAGAGAUAUAUCUAGAAAUGACUACGAUAUAAAAAAAAGUUAUUAAUAAAACUUUUUAAAAUGUUAUGGCAA